AUGGCCAUCACCAAGAUCCACGCUCGCUACGUUUACGACUCUCGUGGCAACCCCACCGUCGAGGUUGACGUUGUCACCGAGACUGGCCUUCACCGCGCCAUUGUCCCCUCCGGUGCCUCCACUGGCCAGCACGAGGCUUGCGAGCUCCGCGAUGGCGACAAGUCCAAGUGGGGUGGCAAGGGUGUCACCAAGGCUGUCGAGAACGUCAACUCCGUUAUUGCUCCUGCCCUGAUCAAGGAGAACCUUGACGUCAAGGACCAGACCAAGGUCGACAAGUUCCUCAUCGACCUCGAUGGUACCCCCAACAAGACCAAGCUCGGAGCCAACGCCAUUCUGGGUGUCAGUUUGGCCGUCGCCAAGGCCGGUGCUGCUGAGAAGGGUGUUCCCCUCUACGCCCACGUCUCCGACUUGGCCGGCACCAAGAAGCCCUACGUCCUGCCCGUACCCUUCAUGAACGUCCUCAACGGAGGUUCCCACGCUGGUGGCCGCCUUGCUUUCCAGGAGUUCAUGAUCGUUCCUUCUGCCGCUCCCUCCUUCUCCGAGGCCCUCCGCCAGGGUGCUGAGGUCUACCAGGCCCUGAAGGGCCUGGCCAAGAAGCGGUAUGGUCAGUCCGCCGGCAACGUCGGCGACGAGGGUGGUGUUGCCCCCGAUAUCCAGACUGCCGAGGAGGCCCUUGAGCUCAUCACCGACGCCAUUGAGCAGGCUGGCUACACCGGCAAGAUGAACAUCGCCAUGGACGUUGCCUCCAGCGAGUUCUACAAGGAGGACGCCAAGAAGUACGACCUCGACUUCAAGAACCCCGACAGCGACCCCACCAAGUGGAUUACCUACGAGCAGCUUGCUCAGCAGUACUCGGACCUCUGCAAGAAGUACCCCAUUGUCUCCAUUGAAGACCCCUUCGCCGAAGACGACUGGGAGGCCUGGAGUUACUUCUACAAGUCCCAGGACAUCCAGAUCGUUGGUGAUGACUUGACCGUCACCAACCCCCUGCGCAUCAAGAAGGCCAUUGAGCUGAAGGCUGCUAACGCCCUGCUCCUUAAGGUCAACCAGAUCGGUACCCUUACCGAGUCUAUCCAGGCCGCCAAGGACUCAUACGCCGACGGCUGGGGCGUCAUGGUCUCUCACCGCUCCGGUGAGACGGAGGACGUUACCAUCUCGGACAUUGUCGUCGGUAUCCGGGCUGGCCAGAUCAAGACUGGUGCCCCGGCUCGUUCCGAGCGUCUUGCCAAGCUCAACCAGAUCCUCCGCAUCGAGGAGGAGCUUGGCGAGAACGCCAUCUACGCCGGUGACAACUUCCGCAAGUCUGUCAACCUGUAG